AUGGAUGAUGAAGAAGUGGUUGUAGGUUUUAGGUUCUAUCCCACUGAGGAAGAGCUGCUCUCUUAUUAUCUCCCAAAGAAGCUGAAUGGCCCCACACCGGCUAUUGAUAGGGUUAUACCAAUCCUCCCUAUCUACGACUACAACCCUUGGGAGCUACCACAAUUUGCUGGAGAAGUGUGUCGUGGCGACGGAGAUCAGUGGUUCUUCUUCACCGCGAUGCAAGAAAGGGAAGCCCGCGGAGGAAGACCUAAUCGCCUAACCGAGACUGGAUACUGGAAAGCUACUGGCUCUCCUUGUGAUGUUUAUACUUGUCAAAAUAUCCGAAUUGGAAGGAAAAAAACCAUGGUAUUUUACGAGGGCCGAGCUCCCCACGGGUCUAAAACUAGCUGGAAAAUGAACGAGUAUAAACUCUAUGAUCAAUCUUCUGCUGCUGCUAUUCCUCAGCUGAAGGAAGAGCUCAGUUUGUGCCGAAUUUACAAGAGAUCCAAAUUUCCGAGGGCGUUUGAUAGGCGGCCGGUGGCGUUGCACCACCACCAUCGAAGUAGUGAUGAGGUUGUGAUGACAACUGAUGAUCAGCAGAAUUCAGGUGUGGAAAAUGAAGUUGAUUUGGAUAUGGCAACCGAAAUUGAACCCUUAGAAGAUUGGGAAAUAGGCAUGUGGCUUAACUACUUUGGCAUAUGAAAGAUCUGGCAAAAGAGAUUAACUUCUAAUAUUGUGAUAUACUUAGUACUAGCAGAAUCUUACAUAUUUAGCAGUAACAUUAUUUAUAAGCAACGCGGUUAAUUAAUGUUCUUGCGAAGAACAAAUUAGGUGGUUGGGGAUUGCUCUACU